AAGGUAGGCGCUCGAGCGGGGACCACACGGCAGCCUCUUCUUCGCCCCGCACGACGCGUCGUCGACAUGCUGUAAACAAACUCCAGCCAGGUGACAAUGUUGAGCCGUCUCUUCAGUGAGGUUCUGCCGGACGUCCAGAGGCUCGCGGCUGACUGGGCCGACGACCCCGACGGCCAGCUGGAGGCCAAGGUGAAGGCCGACCGCGCGGCGCACCUCGGCGGCGAGGACGAGCUGGACGAGGCGCGCGCAGGGGACAGCAGCAGCCGGGCCGAGUCCGAAAUGGCAGACGACGACGACGACGACGAGGAGGAGGAGGAAGAGGAGGAGGAUGAGGAUGAGGACGGUGAUGAUGAUGAUGAUGCUGGGGGCGGCGGCGGCGGCGGCGAUGAGGAGCGGACCGGGGACAAAGCCACCAAAAAGCGCGGUCCCAAGAAGCGCAAGACGAGCGCGGGCCGCGUGGAGCGCUCCAAAGUGCGCCGCGUGAAGGCCAACGCCCGGGAGCGGACGCGCAUGCACGACCUGAACUCUGCGCUGGACAACUUGCGCAAGGUGGUGCCCUGCUACUCCAAGACCCAGAAGCUGUCCAAGAUCGAGACCCUGCGCCUCGCCAAGAACUACAUCCUGGCGCUGGGCGAGAUCCUGCGCAACGGCAAGCGUCCGGACGUGGUCGGCUACGUGCAGAUGCUGUGCAAGGGCCUCUCGCAGCCCACCACCAACCUGGUGGCCGGCUGCCUGCAGCUCAACACGCGCAACUUCCUCAGCGAGCCGGACGCGGCGCGCUUCCACGUGCCGGGCUCGCCCUUCCCCUUGCACCCGUACUCGGCGUCGUCGGCGUCGUACCGCUGCCGCCUGGCCGGCCCCGACUACCGGGCCCCUGCGGGCGCCGGCGUUCUGAACCCGCGCGGGCCCUCGUACGCCUCCGGCUUCGAGGCCGCGUACCCCCCGGGGGGCGCCUCCCCGGACUACCUGCAGAGCCCGGACUACGAGGGCCAGCGCAGCCCGCGAGGAUGCUCGGCCGUCGGCGCGUCCGGCAAGCAGCUGGAGCUCGACGCCGAGCGGAACUAUCACUACUCGCCUGUGCAUUACUCCAGAGCCGGCCGCGCUUUGACGUUCGGCCCCACGGGAGCGCGCGGCGGGGGCGCGCACUCCGAGAACAUCCCCCCCUUCCACGAGGGCCACCACCACCCCCACCACCACCACCACGAGCGCGCGCUGGGCCCCUAUGAGGACAUCGGCGCCUUUUUCCACAACUGACUGACAAUCCCGAUCGCCACCUGUAAUCCCAUCACGUGCUCGUCGUCGUGCGGUAUUGUGCGUGACAAACACAUGUAAUAAGACGAAAUACACACAUUAAAAGUGAUUUAUAAUUGUCUGAUGUCAUCGACAAUGGUGCACUCACUCACCCACCCUUAAAAAAAACAUUGAAUUGAUCGAAGCUAAAUCAUUUAGAAAGAGUUACAAAUGAUACUCAAUUGUUUUUGCUUUGUUUUGCUCUUGCACCUGAAUAGAGAGGCGGUGCAAAAGCUAUUUGGCAU